CUUCGCACACUCGCAUUCGCUCUAGUUGCGUAUAGCUCUUAAGUGUUUGCGGAGGCUAUAAAGUGGCUCAUUUUCCUUCGCCUCGUCCUUCAAGGUCAGAUUUUUCUGGUCCUUUGCGUAAUUUUCUUAGUGUGAGGUCCGGUGGUUGGUUGCGGAGGUUUGAGGAGUGGAUGCUUGAGGUGGCAGCAGCUCAAGACCUGGAGGAGACGUUGUCCGACGUCGAAGCUUCUGUUGGUGAUCUGAUCAGCGCGAAGGAGUUUGAGGAGAUGGCUGCAAUUACCUUUGAGUUUGGGGAGUCAACAGUGAGGACGGAAGAUAUCGCUGACAUGGUUGAAGCGCGGUUUUUCAAGGAUGGCCGCGCGAAGGCUCCUCCUGCGGGUCAGACGGUGCCUGCGCCUGAAGAAGGUUAUGUUGUUGUAUUCAGGGACUUUUUUACCUGCGGACUUCGGAUGCCUCCGUAUCAUUUCCUUCGCGAGGUGAUGGAGAGCUUCAACGUCGAGCUACAGCAUUUCAGCCCCAAUGGGAUACUGACUCUUAGCAAGUUUUCAUGGGCGUGUGAAUCCUACGGAGCCAUGCCCCACAUUGACACUUUUUGCUCAUAUUUCGAACUUCAGCGCCAGCCUAAGAAGGUGAAGGAUGCCGAAGGUGUUGAGUGCAUUGCGCAGUUUGGAAGCUGCGCGUUCAUGCCGCGCCGCACAAUGCCUGGGCCAAGGUACGAGAUCUCCUACUGCCAAAAGGGCAAGUGGGAGAAGGAUUGGAUGAGAGCCUGGUUCUACGUGAAGACCCCCGCUGCGUCGAGGACUUUGGAUGACGGUAGCGUUGAUAAGGUGUAUCCUUACGCAUCGUUGAUGAAGGAGCUGAAGCCUAUUUCGAAGGUUGAUCCUUCGAAGCCAGUGUCGGAGGAACAGCUUGAGGCGCGGUUGGCCUGCGACAAGGCCUUUGCGCUGGCUUGCCGAUACUCCGGAGGUCGGGAUCUGGUCGAGGAGAUGGUUGCAGCCGACUACUGGCCCCUUGGCCGCAGGACUGACGAGUUCACCAUUGAAAUGGUGCAAGUACCGGUCUUUGGUCCUCCGGAGGGGUUGCCGUUUCCUCGAUUUGGCGCGGGUUUGCCGGAGGAUGAGACGAAGGAAUCUUUCCUUGACCGCGUGGAGGUUUCUGCCCGAAGGAUCGUUGGAAAGAUCUCGGAGAAGGAAUACCUCCAGCGGAAGUCCGCACUUGGGACUAUGCCGCGUUUCAAUCGCGUUUUUGAGGAGUUGGGGGUCGAGUAUGAGGAUUACGUCGUUCCUCCGGAGGUUCUGCUUGGCUUGGAGAAGAAGAAAGAUUCAUCCAAGGCCGUUGCCGCGGCGGAGGCUAAGAAAAGAAAGGGUUGUGGCGCUGUUAAGCAGCUUGCGAAGAAGCGCAAGGCGGAGGUUGUGCUGGAGACUCCUUUGGAGUCUUCCUCCGCCCGCUCUUCUGCUGCCGAGUCUAACUCGGUGGCUUCUGUUCCUGCGGAGGUUGCUCCUGCUGGUGGAGUUCCUGAGGUUGAAGCCUCACGCGCGGUCUCUUCUGUACGCGCGCCUUUCGCGUCACUUCUUGGGGAGGAGUCUUCCGACGCGGAGGCCCCUGAGGCGGGUCCUGCGCGGGAGGCAAAUCUUGCGGUGGCUGAGAGUCCUGCGCGGGAGGAUUUGGCUGGAGGAGGGUCUUCGCCGAAGGAAGGGCAAGAGGAAUCCAGUGAUGAGGCAGAGUCUGUCUCUGUUCGGAGGAUUAAGAGGGCGGAGGAUCUCCCGCGUCCGGCUGGAGAUGAGGAUGUUUUUGCUGGGUUGGCUACUGCGGAGGAAUUGGCCAAAGGCGCCAGCGUUGCGCAGGAAGGACUUGCUGUUCCUCCGCGGCGUGAGCCUGCGCCUUCUGCGUUGGCAAGUAGGCCUUCGCCUGCUGAUGUUCUUGGUCCCGGUGCUUCUGAUCCUUCGAUAACAGGUUGGACUGAUGCCUUGCGCGAGGUUCAUUCCUUGGUCGGAGAUCGUUUUCGUCAGAAGCUCCGCGGCAUGGACUUUGACACGCUCCUUCGCGUGCAGUAUGAGCACCAUAGCCUUGGUCAUCACAUGGCUGCCGCCUUGGAGGAGCGUUGCUCCCGGGAGGUUAUCUGCCGUGAUGAGGCGAUUGGUGCUCUGAAGAAGGAGAACGAGACCUUGGAAGCUGAGAAGGCUCGCCUGUCGGACGAGGUUAAGGAGCUUUCCUCCGUCAGGAGGGAGAUUGAUUCCCUGAGAAAGGAGAGGGAUGCCUACAAAACUGGGUCGGAGGUUCUGAAGAAGGAAAAAGAAGAUGCUGAAGCUUCAGCAGCUGUCCUUCGCACGAGUGUCGCUGAGGCGGAGGUGGCUAGGGAUUUGGCCAUGCAGCGAGUGGAGAAGGCGGAGGACAUUGCUGAACGCCUUCGCAAGGAGCUUGAUGCUGAGCGGUUGUCUGCGGCUGAGUUGCAGACGCGCAUGCAGAAGGCGGAAGCGGAGGCUGCAGCUAUUGUUGAGCUCUAUGCUGAUUCGCUUGCGAAGUUUGGGGGAAGUACCUCUGCUCCUCCGCCCAGCGGCGACGUUGGGGCUUGCCUAGCGUGGAUGAAGUCCCAUAUCCGCAUGCUCCCUGAAUUUGUCGGGGGGGCUGUUGAUUUUGGGGCUUUGGCCGCGGUUAGACGUUAG